AUUUAAAAUAUUACAUUUUUAUACUUUCAAAACAAUCCAUAGAAUUUACAUUUUUACUCCAGGAUAAAAUAUUAUUUAUAUUUUAAAUAAAUCUUUAAAAUAAAAGUUUAAUGUUGUUAAUGUUUUAAAAAGUAAUUAUAUGUUUACUAGGUCAAUAAUAAUUAAUAAGUCUCCUAAAUAUCAUAUUAAAAAUAUAGGAACAAUAUAUUUGCAGGUCAAAUGUUUAAAAUGUAGUAACAAUAUGACUAUAUAUCUAUAUUGCUAAGUAGAAAAAUGUUAAAUUGUAAGUAUUCCGAAACUAUGACAUUCAAAGGAGUUAUACUAUUUCCAAAAACUUUUAGUUUAAUUAAAUAUCAGUAAGAAAAAACUAAUUAUAUUACUAUUAAAAUUAAAUUGACCAUCGAGACAAGCUUCUAAAAAAAUAUUUAAAGUUAGAUGGUUUUUGAUAUUUAUAUAUAUAUAACGGUUCAAAUUAUAAAUUUAAAUAUAUCGUAAAAUUUUAGAUAUUUUUGUUUGGAUAUUUUUAUUUAUUAAUUUUUAGAUCUAUUUUUUAUUAUUUUUCUAUAUAUUUAUUUGUCAUUUUUUUCAUUUACAACUCGAUAUACCUUUCAAACUCUCAUAUUUUAAGAAAACCAAUACUAAAACUAUUACUGUCUUAUAUAAAAAUUUAUAUAAUAUUUAAAUUAAAUUAUUCAAAUAUUGUAAAUUUUUAAUUUCAGAAAAAAUGAUAAUUUAUAUUUUCAUUCCAUCGUAAGAAAUUGUUACUUAGAAUUUAAGUAAAUCUUAUAAAUAAAUUCUAACAUUGUUAAUGUCUUUGUGAAAGACUAUUAUACAUAAAAGUAAUUAUAUGUUUACUAGGUCAACAAUAAUUAAUAAUAAUCCUAAGUAUUAUAUAAAGAGUAUAUGACCAAUAUAUUUUCAGGUCAAAAUAUUUUAAAAUAGUAACGAUAUAAAUAUCGACGUCGGUAAAUGGUAAAUUAAAAUAUUCUUAAAUUAUGACAGUCAAAUGAAUUAUACUAUUUCCAUUUUUAAUCUUAUUCAAUGUAAUUAAAAAGAAACUAAUUAUAAAUUUAUUCGUUAUUACUAUUAAAAUAAAAUUGACCAUCGAGACAAGUUUUUUGAGAAAUUGUCUUUUAACCUAGAUACUUUCUAUUAUAUAAAUGUUUUUAAGGGUCAAAUUAUAUAAUUAGAUAUAUCGAGAUAAAAAGUUAAAUACUUUAUUCUUGGAUUGUUUUUUUUGCAAUUUGUGAUCUUGUUGGGUCCACUUUUCUAUUCUUCUUCUAUAUAUAUUCAUUUGUUGGAUCUCUUUCUUUGGCAACUCGAUAUACAUUUAAAACUCUCAUAUAUUUUAAACAAACUCUCUCGAGAAAUGGCUGAAAACAUGGUAAAUUUGACCAAAAACAUUAUUCCUGAAAGCACUGGUGUUAUUCUGCUCAUCGACCACGAUGCUGCAUCAGUCGCAUCUCUCAUUCCAAUGCUUAAACAACGAUCGCAUAAAGAUGUUAUGACUGUGAAUGGAGCAAGCGAGGCUAUAUUGGUGAUCGAAAAACAAAAAGAUAUUGGACUUGUUAUAGCCAACGUUGAACUGUCCGACUCAAAUGAUUUUCUCACUGCUAUGCACCACAAAGAAAUUCCUCUUAUACUGAUUGGUACAGAAAUACACAUUAAGGAAACAUCAGAUCUUUUGACAAAAAGAGCAUGUUAUUGUCUGAAGAAGCCAAUUUCUGAAAAUGACAUCGACAACAUGUUUCAACUUGUGUUACCUAAUAAAAAGCAAGAGUGGGAGAAAAUCAACUUAGCUGAAAAACGAGAAAACAUUGUGGAAGAACGUAUGAAGCAGAUGAAAGCUUUCAGAGACCACAUAAAGAGGCAGGGGACAAGUCAGUCAUCUUUGUUAGGAAGACGACCACUCAACAAAACAUUCACAUUUUCUCAAAUGUACCAAAAGGGAAAAAGCAUAGUAGAUGUUGAGACACGCAUGAAUGUAUGGACUCGUGACCGUCACAUGAAGUUUUUAGCUGCUAUAUCCUUCUUGGGUGAAAAAAAGUCUCGUCCCAAAGCCAUAUUGGAGAUCAUGAAUGACUCAAACUUAUCUCAACGCCAAGUUGGUAGCUAUCUUCAGAAAUACAAGUUUCAAGUUGAGAUAAUUAACAAAACAUUGACAAGGAAUGAAUGGAAAUCCACGGAUAAAACAUAUGAAUAUCCUUCAGAUUAUGUAUAUCCUUUCAAAGCUUCUAACCUAGCGAAGAAUUUCAUUGAAAGUAACUCUAUGUGGUGUUCCUUGAGAAAGAAAAAAUCUUCCUCAUUAUCCACUGUCCAAUAUUCAUUUAAAAGAUCUGCUGCUGAGAAGAAGGACAAAAUGCCAAAGUUUCAUAUAGGAGAAGCAUUGGGUCUGCAUCACACACUUUCUGGUAACAUUUUACAUAAAUCAUAAAUAAAAGUUAAUUAUUUUCAUUCAUGGUCUAAUAGUCAUGUCUCUCAUGUCCUUUCAGGUCCAAGUGUUGGUGCAUCCAAUUUAGAUGCAUUCCAAAAGGAAUCUGCUGAGAUUUGUAUUUCUCAAUCUAAUCCUAACCCUUCUCAACCAUCUAGCUAUGUUCUUGAAACCAAUAAGAACCCACUAGAUAUGAACCAAAUGGGUAGGGUUUCUUUUGGAGAAAAUCAUGGUCUUUCUCAAGAUAUGGUUUUCAAUGGAACUAAAUCAAACCAUUUGGGUUUGGUUUCUGGUGAAACAAGUCAUAUUGAAACCCCACUUGAAACCGAUAUAAACCAAAUGGAUUGGGACUGGUUUUUUUCUGACGAGACUUAUGCUAUUCUUGAUGAAGAUUUGACUGUUUCUGAAACCAAUAUAAACCAAGUGGGUUUGGUUCCUGGUGAAACAAGUUUUGCUGCGUUGGACAAUGUAGCUCCUCCUGAAAAUAAUACCAACGAGAUAGGGUUGGUUCCUAACCAGGAAGGUAAUGGUGAUAUUCCAGUUGAAGAUCUGAUUUCGUUUGAUACUGAUAUCAUCAACGAUAUGGACGACUUGGACGCUUGGUUGGAAAACUAUGAUUCUUUUCAGGGAGAUGUUCCUUUGCCUGCGAUUUGCAACGACCAUGAUCUUGCCUUCACCUCGACUACAAGCCAGCAUCAAAAUAUAGAAGCCGCAAAUCCAAGGGAGGGUACAGAAGGAGGGAAUCAUAUGGAUGAUGAUUCUGAUGAGAACCUGGAUUGGAUCGACGAUAUUUUUACAUGACAUGUGUUUUAUUGGUGUGCAGGACAUGAGAAGAUUUAAAUGGGAGAGGUUCGGAGACUUUGUACUUUUUAUUUAUUUAUUAUACAAAUGUAAUACAUGCAUGUAUGUACAAUAAUGUUGAAGAUUCUAAUUUUCAUAUGUUAUUUUCAGAUUCUUGAGAGAACCAUAUAUUUUGAGAUUCCAUUUAUGUUUAAUUUUUUUUGGGUCACUAUUUUUCGUACCGUAAAUUGGCCAAAUGUUUUUAAUUUGAUUAAAUUUAAAUUGUCCAUUAUAUGCAACUUAUCUAAAGCCUAUGACCAAGUAAUAAAUGCUCUGUUAUUCAUCAUAAAUUUUAUGGAGAAUACAAAAUAAGUAUAUUGUAUUAUUAAUAUUUAAUUUUAAAAUUGACUAUAGUAUAAAAAAUAGCUAUGUACCGUAUUCAAAUAUUAUAGAUAUAGAAAUGAAAUAUUUCAUCUGAAUAAGUCAAGCCAGCUUUAGGAGUCUUAUUAUUGUAAACAAUUUUAAGAUGUCCUUAUAAACAUCAUUUUUCAAAUUUGACUAAUAGUUCUACAGAAUUAUGUUACCUUAAUGCUAAAUUAGGUAUAAAGUAAUGGUCAAUGGCAUAUUUAUUAAUAACUCUUAUCAGUUUUCCAUAAAAUAACUAUAUUAGUUGUUACCAACUAAUUUUCAUCAGACAAUGAGAACCCAAUAAAUAUGGUAUUUCUACAAAAUACAAACUUGGACGUGUUAUUAAUUUAUUAUUCGUCAAUUCAAAUAAAAUUACUAGAAAUUAGUAUGAUUUUGUUUUUGAAAAUUGUAGUGGGUGACAGAUGUGAAAAUAUCUAGUUUUGGAAGCCCAGUGGGCCUGUACUUAACACGGGCUAAUAUCUUAUAGAUAUUCUAAUGGGUGACCGGGACUAGCUAUCGCCGGUAAAAGGACAAACGGUGGGGCCGACAACUUAGCGGUGAUCCAGCUAUUCCGGCAGAGCAUUUUGAUCUUUGUCAAAAGGGAGAGCCUCCUCCUACCUAGAAAACGACCUGAAGAAUCUUUUCAGAAAUUUCUUCUGAUUGCUGCAUUUUUAUAUUAUACUCCACAAACCAAAAAUGACAAAUGGGCGUCUUCUUUGGAUGAUUAUUUUUCUUUUGCCAACUUUGGAUGAUUAUUUAUCUCUUCCAAAAUGACAUUGAAAGGAUAAGGUAGCAAUGACGGAGACACUCUAACAUUUACGAUCAAUAAUCAUUAUUGUAUCAAUAUAAUUAUAUUUUAUAUUUAUUAAAUAUAAACUGUUUCAAAAAAAUUUAAUUAAAUAUUAACACAAAUAUUAAUAUAUUUAAAUAAAUAAUUUUAAACUUUUUUUUGGUUUUCUAAAUAAUUUAAAACUUCCAGAAAUUCAUAUUAUAUUUUUAAUAAGAUAUAUUAAAAAAGUCAAAUUUUGAAACAUUCACUAGUAAAU